UUUUUUCUGAGAUUCGGUAAGAUAGGUCCCUGUAGAGUGUACUUAUUUAUACACUUUGCGUUGUAACGAAGCGAUUGAGCGACUUCUUGGUGAUAGAAAAUAAGCUUUAAAAAAUUUCCAAGUGUCUCCAUUCAGUGUUAGGUUUCAAUGGUUUAUCUUGAAACAAGAGCUCCUUGAGGUUAUUAAAGUCAUUCGACCACACAUACAUAUUCAUACUCAUAUACAUAGGCACGCGUGGGUAGGCUAAGGCAAUAAUAUCUGGUUGGUACAGUAGAGUACUAGAGUUUUGUGGUUUUGUGGUGCAUCUGUCAUUCGGAACAUAACCUAUUUGCGAAAGUUCCUCUUCAUCGUUGGUAAAGAAGUCGAUGAAUGACAAUUGAGUGUCCACUAAAUUCCAAAAUGAAGAGAAAAUUAUUACUAUCGAAAGCGUAAUGCGAUUAAGUAGUGAGCAUGAUGCAAUUGUAAUCAAAAGACAAGAGAAAAAAAAUAUUAGUGAAAGAUAAAACAAUGUCUGAUAAGGAAGAAGACGCCACCAGUGCACUUGACAAUGGCAGCGAAAAAACAAAAGCAGAAAUACCAGAAUCUACGACCAACGAAGAUGUACCGCCUCAGAGUCCUGUUGCUGAAACUUCUUCGGAUGUCAACAUUUCUACUACUUCGGCGAACAGUGAAGCAACUCCAGCACCUACAAAGGAUAAAAAGAUUGAAAUAUUGCUCAAAGCCACUGGGGAUGCUCCAAUUAUGACCAAAAAGAAAUGGGCUGUCAAGCCUGAUCAAACUAUAGGUUCUAUUUCUGAGUUUAUCAAAAAGUUCAUAAAGUUAGGAGUUGAGGAAAGAUUAUUCUUGUACAUAAAUCAAGCAUUUGCACCAGCUCCAGACCAAACAAUGAAGAAUCUAUACGAUUGUUAUGGGACAGAUGGUAAACUGAUAAUUCACUAUUGUAAGAGUCAAGCAUGGGGUUGAAAAUAACAAUGCCAAAAGCAGAAAACAGACUAUAAGUUGUGCCAGAUUAUGUUUUGCUUUCCGUGCAAGAAUUCAAGUCAAGAUAUUCUCAAGUGGUAAAGAAGAGUUAUGUGAUAAUUUAUUUUGUUUUACAGUGUUGUUUCCUUUUUUUCCUAUAGAAGUGUUCUAAUAAUAGAUUUUAAGAACUGUCUUAAAAUGAUGGAAGCUUUUUUUUAAGUUUACAUUUAAGUAAGUAAUAUGCAAUCUAUAGAUAAUAGGCACAAAUUUUUUUAUAUUCAAAAAAUUAAAUAUUAAAGUCUUAUACAUGU